CGGGGGCGGAGGGGCGACCGAGGUCACGACCACGGAGGUGUCUGCAGGAGGGAGGCCGGCGGCGUCCGGCCUCUCGGGGCCAGACGCGGGGGCGCCGAGGAGAGAUUGCGCUUGGGGCUGCUGGGCCUCUGUCUGGGGCGAGGGGUCUGCAGGGCGUUCCUGGGGGGUCUUUAGCCCCGCUCGGCAACGACAGUCCUGCAAGGGGGACACCCCAGCCUCCUGGCACUGCCGCCCCGGAACCGCGGCGAUGCUGACGCGCCCCACAGGGGCCGGGUUGGGAGAGACAGGGCCGCCCGGGCUGGGUUAGCAGGUGUCGGCCACCCCGUCGCCUCGGGGGCGGGAGCAGCUGGCGAACGGGGCUGGGGAGACGGGUCCUGCUGUUGCCGACCAGCUUCGAACGGGGCCCCCGCUGCUCUUUCAUAAUCGAAGGAAGCACUGAAUGCGAAGGCCUCAAAUCAAGCCUUCCCGUUUGGUGGUGGUGGUGUGGGGGGGCGAUCGCCGUCUGUCGGGGAGGACGGACGGGGUCAGGGUGGGUUCCCAGGCUACGGGCCAGAGUAGCCCCACUAAAGCGUUUGCGAAAUGUGCGCGGUCCUGUCACCUGACCGCUACCCCCGCCCCAACCCCCUGCGAGCCUUUGUUUACCGCGGAUCGCGGCGGGGCCCGGGCCGAGAACCCGGCCCUGGAGCGACCGUCCCCGGGGAGUCGUGGCGGGAGGGGCUGCGGGCGUUCCGCCGGCCGAAUCCCCGCCUAACCUCCCCACCUUCCUACCACUCCAAGGCUUGGUUUCUUAAUUUAGUUCCUAACGUCCCCGCCCCCCCAGGUCCCGGACAUUCUGUACGCCGGCUGUUACCGCGGCCGGGAUUGGGCGCUGGCGGCGGCUGGCGGGGCGGGAACCGGGGCGCGAGUUCCGAGUGUUGAUUGGCGGCCGGCUGGUCGCUAGGGGGUCCUGCCCCGGCAGCUCUUCCCCGCCCCCUCGAAGGUGAUCUGGAGGACGCGCGGGGGCGCGCUUGGCGCUCCUCGGCCCGCGCGGAGCCGGCGACACGCGCUCCCGCGCGGAGGGACCCUCCGGGUCGCCCUCGGGUGAGCCCCGCAGCCUCUGCUAGAACCUGAGGCCGGUUCUGUGCCCUCAGGGAACCGCAGCCGUGGGCCGCCCUCCAGGGCCGCAGAAUUAGGCCCGUUUAAGUGGUGUCUUAUCUGCCCCUAUGUGGAGCAGGAAGUCCUCUUGCGCGUUUGUUCUGGAUGGUUUGUAAACAAGGUUUAACACCUUCAGCGCCAAGCCUGUUUUGUCUCCCUUUCCGUUUAGCCGGCGAUAUCCGGUCUCACCGAUAUGCUGGCCGCACCGGUGGCUGACAUGGCGCUUAACGUGUUAAAUAGCUAAGGAAGGACCCUAACGCCGCAUUUUAGGGUGCCUCGGUCACACACACACCCCGCCACCCACACCCCCCAGGCAGGGACUGUACACUAGUUUGGUGGAUUUUAAUGACUAAUUUCUCGCACUCUCUAGCAGCUUUUUAAAAAUCACGUCUCAGCAUUUGCAGCUGCAGACUGUUUAGGUCCACCAGCUGAGGUUGAUUUUUAUUAGAAUUCCUGCAUUCUAAAGGAAAAAUAAGCUUGGUUGCAGCACAGCUACACUCUAGAUUAAUUCUGAUAGUAUACAUCUUCUUUGGACUUUGUAUGCUGACCCCCUCUGUCCCGUGUGGAAAUUGAAACAACACAAAUAUUUUGACUGAGGCUUUGAUCAAGCAAAUGCUAAAAAGCCACGUAAAGAAGAGCCCUAACAGUCAUUUCUCAGCAGUUAUAUAGUCAACUGAUGUAACGAUGGUCCUAAUAUUAGGACGAAGACUAAACAGAGAGGAUCUCGGGGUGCGUGAUUCCCCAGCAACUAAGCGUAAAGUCUUUGAAAUGGACCCUAAAUCUCUGACAGGCCAUGAAUUUUUUGACUUCUCUUCAGGAUCAUCCCAUGCUGAAAACAUACUCCAGAUAUUUAAUGAAUUCCGAGAUAACCGAUUAUUCACAGAUGUUAUCAUUUGUGUGGAAGGGAAAGAAUUUCCUUGCCAUAGAGCUGUUCUAUCAGCCUGUAGUAGCUACUUCAGAGCUAUGUUUUGUAAUGACCACAGGGAAAGCCGAGAAAUGUUGGUUGAAAUCAAUGGUAUCUUAGCUGAAGCUAUGGAAUGCUUUCUGCAGUAUGUGUAUACUGGAAAGGUGAAGAUCACUACAGAGAAUGUACAAUAUAUCUUUGAAACAUCAAGCCUCUUUCAGAUCAGUGUUCUCCGUGAUGCAUGUGCCAAGUUCUUGGAGGAGCAACUUGAUCCUUGUAAUUGCUUAGGAAUUCAGCGCUUUGCUGACACCCAUUCACUCAAAACACUCUUCACAAAGUGCAAGACUUUUGCAUUACAGACUUUUGAGGAUGUGUCCCAGCAUGAGGAGUUUCUUGAGCUUGACAAAGAUGAACUUAUUGAUUAUAUUUGUAGUGACGAACUUGUUAUUAGUAAAGAGGAGAUGGUUUUUGAAGCUGUCAUGCGUUGGGUCUAUCGUGCUGUUGAUCUGAGAAGACCACUAUUACAUGAGCUCCUGACACAUGUGAGACUCCCUCUGUUGCAUCCCAACUACUUUGUUCAAACAGUUGAGGUGGACCAAUUGAUCCAGAAUUCUCCUGAGUGUUAUCAGUUGUUGCAUGAAGCAAGGCGGUACCACAUACUUGGGAAUGAAAUGAUGUCCCCAAGAACUAGGCCACGAAGGUCAACUGGCUAUUCUGAGGUGAUAGUUGUCGUUGGCGGCUGUGAACGAGUUGGAGGGUUUAAUCUUCCAUAUACUGAGUGCUAUGAUCCUGUGACAGGAGAAUGGAAGUCUUUGGCUAAGCUUCCAGAAUUUACCAAAUCAGAGUAUGCAGUCUGUGCACUAAGGAAUGACAUUCUUGUUUCAGGUGGAAGAAUCAAUGGCCGUGAUGUCUGGAUUUAUAAUUCACAGUUAAAUAUUUGGAUCAGAGUUGCUUCUCUAAACAAAGGCAGAUGGCGUCACAAAAUGGCUGUCCUCCUUGGUAAAGUAUAUGUUGUUGGAGGCUAUGAUGGACAGAACAGGCUUAGCAGCGUAGAAUGUUAUGAUUCCUUUUCAAAUCGAUGGACUGAAGUUGCUCCCCUUAAGGAAGCAGUGAGUUCUCCUGCUGUGACUAGCUGUGUAGGCAAACUGUUUGUGAUUGGUGGCGGACCUGAUGAUAAUACUUGUUCUGAUAAGGUUCAAUCUUAUGAUCCAGAAACCAAUUCUUGGCUACUUCGUGCAGCUAUCCCAAUUGCCAAGAGAUGUAUAACAGCUGUAUCCUUAAACAACUUGAUAUAUGUGGCUGGUGGACUGACCAAGGCAAUAUACUGUUACGAUCCAGUUGAAGAUUACUGGAUGCACGUACAGAAUACAUUCAGCCGGCAGACAGUGAUGAUGAACCAUAGGACUGUUGAAGAAUUCAAAAGAAAUACAGUGAUGAUGAACCAUAGGACUGUUGAAGAAUUCAAAAGAAAUGCUGUCAUCAAAGAAUCUAUCACAGUGGACAAGGCCUUGCACAGCAGUAAGGACUUCUCACACCUCAGUAAGCACAAAAGUCACCUGGGGAUCCUGUUAAGCUGCAGAUUCUGAUUCAGUAACUCUGCGGUGGGCCCUGAGAUUCUGCAUAUCUAACAAGCUCCCAGGUGAUGUCUCUCCUGUUGGUUGAGGGCCACAGUUUAGCAAAAUUAUGAUGUGCCAAUGGAGUGUAGAGGAGAAGGCAGGAAAUUAAUUCUUCAGGAGAAAGAAGUCUAGACCUUGACUUUGCAAAAAGUGGGAGGUGACUUGGGAAAUAACAAGGAAUGUGGUGAAUAGCCACCAGACUGGGAAGAUGAAUUGUAAAUGAUCUUAAACUUGAUCAUAAUGAGUUUUAAUUUUAGCCUGAACCAGUGGUUCUUAAAACGUGGUCCUUGAUCAGCAUCAUCCCCAAAGUUGUUAAAAAUGCACAUUUUAGGACCUACCCCCAGACCUACUGAAUCAGAAACUCUGAAGGAGGAAUCCAGCAAUCUGUGUUUGAACAAGUCCUUCAGGUAAUGCUAAUGAACUGUAACAUUUGAGAACCACAGGUCUUAGGCAAUGGAGGGUGGGGGCACUGGGAGGUGUUUUAAAUAGUAGAGGGAAGCGAUCAGAUCAGUGUUGUAGAAAGGUGACCCCUGUCCUAGGAGGCAGGUAGCAUGACCAAUUAGGAAGAAAGGGCAGGAAACCAGGAGUCAUACAGGAAUGUGCUUGUCUGCAAAUAACAGAAAGCCUGAACUCAAGGUGUUUAAACAAAUGAGUGAUAUUUUUCUUACACAGCAAGUUGGCAGUCCAGGCCUGGUACUAAGGCUCCAAACUGUCCUCAAACACCCAGGCUCCGGCUUCCCUCUGCCCUACCAUGUUGGCUCGUGAUCUCAUGGCCAAAGGAUGGAUGCUGUUUCUUCAGGUAUCACAUCCAAAUUCAAGGUAGAAAAAAGGGGACUGAGGGGCAAAGGCAGGACUAGUUAUAACCCUCCACUUCCUUUGGGAGACUCUUUUUUAUUCAUUGAACUUGUGGUUUCAUUUUCUUGAGCCACAUGGUCACUCCUGGCUGCAAGGGAGGGUAGGAGAUGGAGUGUUUAACUUUCCAUCUUCUGUAGAAGGUAGAGGAAGAAGGGUUGGAAAAGGAUGUGAAGUCUGCCAAGCUGACGUGUAUGCCACGUCUUCUUAUAACUAAUGUUACAAGAAGAGAGAUGGGAUGGUUGAAAGCAGGAGAGGAGAGGCACAGCUUAUCUUAUGUUAUUGCAUAAAUAAGUCCUUUAUACAAA